AUGACUUUUCAAACGGGCAUUAGCGUCUCACAGCUGCCUGGAAAUUUGGCCGACGCUGCCGUACAAGCGGUCGCCGCUGCUGCCGCCACCGCAGCAGCAUUGGUAGACGCCGCCCCCUCCGGCGCGACUGAGGGCCCCGGCACGCCACCCUCCCACUCACUGACGCUGUCGUCCUCCCGCCACUCGCCAGUGCUGCCGGCGAGGCUGCCGGCGCCGCCGCCGGUGGCAGCGGCGGCGGCAGCGCCGCCACAGCUCCCCUCGUACAACCCAGUCCUGACGUCAUCGGCCGACGUCGGGGACCCCACCCCCACUGACGAUGCUGCUCGUAACGCUGCUGCUGCAGUACGGCUCGCUGGCGCACGGCAGGCUCUGGAAGUCUUGCUGACGGCGCCGGCACCAACACCCGCGAACCCCACUCCUCCUGUUGCCGCUGCCGCUGCCGCUGCGGUCCCCGUCCCCCCACCACUCCACCACCCGGUGGGUGGUUCCCCCCCCCUGGUGAGGCCGCAGACGCCGCUCGCUUCUACAGCGCAGACCUGGGGCCAGCAGCGGCAGCAGCAGCAGCAACACCACCACGUCCAGCAGUACCAGCAGCACCAGCACCAGCACCAGUACCAGCAGCAGCAGCAGCAGCAGCAGCCGACAUCGGGACAGUCCACAUCGGGACAUCAGGGUGCCCCCGCAGGUGCCCCCGCGCUGCCGCCGUCGUUCAUGCAGCCGUCGUUACCCCAGGAACCGCAGCAACGGCAGCAGCAGCAGCAGCCGCUGUCUAGUCUGCCGGGCCACGGCGUCAUCAUGGGGCCAGUGGUGGGUCAGAUUCACGGGGAGAUGCGGCUCACAGUGGACGGGAGUGUGAUGGCGGCGCUAACAGCGGCCGUGCCGCCGCAGCAGCCACAGCCACCUGCGGCGGCGGCGCCGCCGCCGCCGCCUUCGUCGGCGGGAUCCCCAGGGCCGUCAGCCACCGACACGCAACAGCCACAGCCACCGACGGCGGCGCCGCCACUGCCGCCGCAACAACCGCAGGUGCAGCCCCCUCAAGGUCAGGUGCAAGCCAGCAGCAGUCCCGGCAGCGGUGGCGGCGGCGGCGGCGCCGGCGCUGCCGCGAGAGUCAUGGCGCCGGCCAUCGGGCUGGCAGCGGCGGCUCCUACACCAGUUUUGGCAGCUACAGCCGCUACAGACCUGCCUGCAGCAGCGCUGGCAUCGUCGGCGCCAUCGGCUGCAGAAAUGUACUCGUGCACUACAGCCAUUGCAGUUCCUGCCACCGCCGUCGCUGCCGUACCCGUCACUACCACUGCGUCAUCGGUCGGCGUGACCAGUCCCACGCCCCAUGCCGUGCUGGCGAUGCCGACGGCGGCGGCGGCGGCGGCUCUGCCGCCGCUAGGCGUCACUACGAUUUCUGCUACAGCCGCGCCCACAUUUGCGCCAGCUAUGGCCGCCGUCAGCCCUGCGGCAGGCCUGGUUUCCAUUCCCCUGGGCACAGCAGCACCUACCACCACAGCUGCUGCAGCUCCUGCUACUGCUGCGCCAUACCUCACCGCCGCCGCCGGCGCCGCAACAGCAGUAGCACCUGCAGUGACAGCUGCACAAGGAGCAGCGGAUCCCGCUGCCCCCGCUACAGCCCCAAUCCAUGCAGUGCAGCAUUGUCUCCACACAACGCCCGCUACGCCUGUGAUGGCGCUGGGCGCGUCAGGCUUGGCGUCGCCGCCGCUGCCAGCGGCCGUCGACGGCGGCUUUCUCCAGCAGCCCUUGCUGCAGCUACCGGGCUUUAGCCCCGCUGCCGCUACUGCUCUUUCCCCCUUCAAUACUCCUCCCGUUGCGUCAGGAGGCUUUACCGCUGGCGGCGGCGGCGCCGGGACGCUGCUGGCGGCAGCAAUGGGGCGUCGGCAAGACCUGACGGCGACCCAGCUGGCGUCGCCAGCGGCGUCGGCGUCGUCAGCGGCGGCGGUUCCGGCCCGUGGCGGAGUCCUUGUCCCUGGCCGUACUUCGCUGGUCACGCCCGCCAGCGGGCUAUUCGCGGCGGUACCGGCGCCGCCAGGAGCCGUAAAACCCAUCAUUGCUAUGCCGCUGUCCGCCGCUUCCGCCACGCCCAUUGUCGUACCGCCGACGGCUGCUGCCCUCGCGUUCCAGCAGGCAGCCCAGGCGCAGCAGCAGCAGCAGCAGCAGCAGGCGGCGCAAUCUGCGGCAUUCGCGCAGUGGCAGCAGCUGCUGGCGGCGCAACAGCUCAAAGCUGCUGCUGCUGCUGCCUCUCAACAACAGCAGCAGCAGCAGUGGCACCCCUAUGCCUUGGACCAGCAGCAUCAGAUGCUGAGUGCCGUCGCGGCGGCGGCGCCGCCGCCGCGGGUGCAGCCGGGGCAGUCACAGUCGCCGCCGCCAGCACUGCCGCCGUCGCCGCCGUCACUGCCGCCGCGCAUCAUCCUCAAGUCCCCCGCUCCCACGCCGUCCACGACUGGCGCUACUGGCAGUAGCAUCAUAGGUGGCAGCGGCGGCGGUGGCGGCGGCGAGGGCCGCAAUCCAAGUACGGCGGGUACGGCAACAGCGCUAAUGGCGGCGGCGUUGGCCGCGGGCGCCGGAGGGGUCCCGGGAGCGCCACCGCCUCCGGCAGGUCGCAUUAGUGCAGCUGGCAGCGAGGUCCCGUCGUUGACCAAAUCCCUCGCCUCCGUCACCCUCCAGCACCCGCCGACGCCGUCGCUGCCGCCGCUGCCGUCACAACAACAACAACAACAACAGCAGCAGCAGGUGGCGGCAGCGCAGGCGCAAAUGCAGCUACAGCAAAUCUUAACGCAAUAUAAUCAAUCCCUCGCCGCUGCUACAGCUGCUACAGCUUCACCCGCGCCGUCAUCCCACGCCGCUACGCCGCCAUCGCCGUUCGGGUUCGGCAGCCUCGCCGCCGCCGUCGCUGCCGCCACCGCCACCGCCGCCGGUGGUGCUGCCGCCACUGAGGUACCGGGCGCACUUGCGCCUGUGGCUCGGCCGGCGGCGGCUGUCUCGCCGGCGGCGGCGGCGCUGCCCUCGUCACUCGCCGCUUCCCCCGGCUUGGGAGGAUCUACACUGCAUCUGCCGCCCGGUUUUGGCAGCACUAGCAGCACCACCAGUGCUGUCGCUGGCGGCGGCGGCGGCGCUGGCGGCGGUGGCGGUGGCGGCACAGCCUUCAUCCCAGCUCCCUACCCGCGCAAGAUCAAGGUAUUGUUGUCGUUCGGGGGCACAUUCAGCUCCUGUAGGAGCACUGGCCACUGGGACUACUCAGGGGGGGAGACCCGGCUGGUGGCGGUGGAGGAGAGCCACAACUACAUCGCCUUCAGGGACAGCGCCUUCGCGGGCUGCAAGGGGCGAGUGAGGGGUCCCGACGAGGCCUCCCUGCGUUACGAGCUGCCCAGCUGCCCCGGCACCCUCGUGGACCUGCGUACGGAUAUGGACGUGAUCAACAUGUGGGAGGAGCUGCACGAGUUCACACAGGUCUCGAUCCCGGAUCUCCCGGGAGCAAUGGUCGCGCGUUACCAAUAG